UCGGAAUUCAUUUGGCAAUUCGGGAGAAGAAACAUGAGCAUGACCUGAGGAAGAAUAGAUUUCUACCUCAUAUUAUGGACAUAUAAUCAUGUAAUAUUGUCAUGAAAAGAAAGAGGACGAGACUACGAGCGUCUGGGAUCAAACGGCGACUGAUUCGGAGUCCGGACGAGGGAGAAACGAAGCAUUAAACAGGAGCGGAGGAAGAAAUACGAGCAUCCCCUGCCCAAUUACAGGCGUAAUUGCCUCUGCCCUGCCCGUAAAUGCAAUGUCGAGCCAAAUCCAUGAGAAUGCCUUCGAAGAUUAAAUUACGGGCAAGAGAAAAAUGAACUACGGUUGUAAUUCCACAAACACUGGCAGUAAUUGGGUAAUUACGACUAGGGGUGUGCAACGGUUCGGUUCGGUCCAGACCGGACCAAACUCAUGAGAACCGUGGUCCAUUAGUGAAAGACAUGUUAGGACCAAGGACCGGACCAUUCUUGCAUUUGGUCCAUUUGGUCCGGUUCGGUCCGGUCCAAAUAUGAGCUCGGUCCACCAUUUCUUCAGUAAUUAUAAAAUUCAUGAGGACCAAGGACCGGACCGCAUUUUACUCGGUCUGGUCCGGUCCGGUCUUAACAACGGUUUGGUCCGGUGUGGUCCGGUACGGACCGGACCAUUGCACACCCCUAAUUACGACCGUAAUUCCCCUCAUAAGAGUUAAGUGAAACGCGCGUUUUGGGUGAAAUACGGGCAUACCAUGUUUACGACCGUAAUUCAGCCCGUAUUUUGCCCAGAAUCGGGUUUUUGAGGCAGAUUCGAGCCAAAGGGGAGGGGGUCGACUUUUUGGAGCAAAAACAGAGUUUUAGAGAGAGAAAGUGCGAAGAACAAACCCUAGGAGCUAUUUGGAGUGGAUUUCUCACCAUUGAAGCCCAGAUUGCAUCCCCAGAAGUGAAGAUCAUCAUCCCGGAGCAAAUUAUCCUCAUCUUUAUGAGUAUGACUACUCUGAUUACUGUUUUCUUCUCUCUCUAUGGAGUAGAACUUUCUCUCACUUGGGUAUGAAGAACCCUAGUUUCAUGUGUUAGGAAUGUUGAUUGUAAUGACUUAGGAUUGUUAUACUGUUUGAUUUUAAUCGAUUGAUGCAUGAUUCAUUGAGUCAAUUGAAUUCUGAUCAUCUUUUCUUGACUUCUGCUGCAACCUGAGAUAUAUAGAAUCUGAUUAGGUUGUUAGAGCCUCAUCAAUCGGUAGUGGUAGAUUGAUUAUAGGAGAGUUAAUCGAUUUACUGCUUUGUACUGGAAUCCAAUUCCAGUAGUGUAGUUCUGUGUUCAUAGCCUCAGCUUUCUACCCCGGUGAAGACUAGUCGUCUGCCGGGUAGUUGGACUGAGAGGGUUUGGUCAGCUUAAGAGAUUCCAAGCUACUGUCGGAUCUUCCGCAGUUUAAUCAACAGUUAAUCAACCCAGGGUAAUUACAAUUGUGACCUAACUAAGGAGCUAGGGGGACUCAUUCCUGAGUGACUCUUCCCUUACUAAAGAACUUUGAACCAUUUCCUGCUUUCUUACUGCUUUUAGUUAAAAUCACAAUCACUCGACUUAGUUUUCUAGAAAAUAGAUAAUCACGGAGUAGGCAGUAGAUCUAGACCCCGGGUUGAUAAAUAGAACUUGCCACUAUUCUGCAUUUUCUGACUGCGAUUACACUUGGUCGCAGUUUGGUGUUGUGUUUUAGCGUGUCAAGUUUUUGGCGCCGUUGCCGAGGACCCUAGGUUAUUGUAGAAACGUGAAAGUCUGUUACUUUAGCAUUUUCCUUUUCUUUUCCACCCUUGCUUUUCACUUGGGUGUUAUAUUUUUUUUGGGUGCAGAUCUGAAACAUGGAUCCUCAUGGCUUCUCCAAUCAUUGGGGGUAUCAACCACCAUCCGGGUGGUAUUAUCCCGAGACUUCCUGGAGCACCCAAGGAGGAGAAGACUAUGGAUUCGGGUUUCAGUACCAACCCCCCUACUACGAAGAACAAUCAGACCAUUGGGUAUUUCAAGAACAAUCUCAUUAUCAAGAAGAAUUCCUCCCACAACUAGAAGGGCCAUCAGAUCUUGAUUUAGCCACAACCUUACACUCCACAGCCAGAUCCAAACUAUCACUUGAGGCUUCUCGUGGAGCAGAUUGCUCGGGUACAUGUGAGAUCCUUUCCCUAGAUGGAUCCUCAUAUCCCGGCCAUGGUCCAAACUGACUUCUCUUUUCUCCGUGAAACAGAGGAUACCCUUCGUAGCAUAAAGAAGCACAUAGAGGUCAUUGAGAAAGCUUGUGCACAGUUUUCUCAAGACAACCUUUAUGCUGCCAUACAAGUAGAGGAAAAGGAAGAAGAAGGCAAUCAUGAGGAUGUUGAGGAGCAUACAAAAGUUGUCACGGAAAGCUCCCAUGAUAAUCAUGAUCAAGUGUAUCCUCUGGUGGUAGAUCACAACUGUCCCCAUAUCCGCUCUGAUAUGCUGGGCCCGAGCGAGGAGAUGCAAGAUGAUCUCAUUGAAGAAAUAACAUGGCGACUUGCUCUCCAAUCUGUGCUAGAAGAAGAAGAGCGAGAAAGGGUGAGGGAAGAAGUUGUGGAGGAUGAGGAAGAAAGUAAAGAAGAGGAAGUUCUUGAUCUUUUCCAAGGGGAGAGACCACAUUCUGAUGAAGGAAGGUGGGUUAAAGAAGCAAGUGGUGUCCAGGCUGAGGAUGAAGUUGAGGUGGAAGAGGCAUGCACCGGCCAUGAGUUACAUGUGAUAUCUCCACCAAACUUCGAGGAGCUGCUUGGCAAGGACCCAUUUGCAGUGUCUCUUUGCCAGACCAAGACCACAUCAACAUCGAUCCCUCUUGGUGGAUGCGAUGGUGGUCAAUCGAAUAUAUCUUAUCUGGUUUGGGUCAAUAAGACAAGAGCAUACGCGAAGGAGAGGUCUCGAGAGUGGAGACUUCAUCUUCCUCAAGGCCACGAGCCAUCUUCAUCACCUAUCACAUCACAUGCUCGUGACUUGAGACUCCACCUCAUUAAUGAGAACCUCAACUUCAAGGAGGUUCUGGGAUGGACCGAAACUUAGGAGGCACUGUCCGGCUCACGACGAUAAAGAAGCGUUUGUGGGGAGGCAACCCCACCGCGGUUUGUUUUUAUGUUGUUUGUUUUCGGUUUCCACUUGGAACUAUAGUUUCUUUCACCCAGUGUGUGUGUUUUCAUAACUACAGCUCUGUGCCAGUUGGACUGGUCCCCUUCUAGUCCCCUGCUCUUGACUAGUCUGCCUUCCAGUAACCGUUCCCGCUCAUCAAUUCCUGGUAACAUCGUUCCCCUUCCCUCUGCUCCAUUGAGGGCAAUGUCGAACUUAAGUGUGGUUGUGGGGGGGGGGGGGUUCUUUGUCUUUAUUGGAAGGUAUAUGUGUGUGCUUGGAGCCUAGUCUGCUGUCCAAAUCUUGAGAUUUAAGGGCAUCAAGUACUGAUGUUUGCAUAAUCAUAUUGGCACUGUGGUUUAUGUGGCGAAUUGAAUGGCUGUUAACACUGAUGCAUGACAACUGGAUUGUGACUAGGACAGCCUAUAAUGAUGACUGAGACGUGCAGUAGAAUUGUGUAGGGGUUCAGUUUUUUAACUGUUUGCUUACCAACUAUGACUUGGAUUUAUCACUUGUUCUUGACAGUCGUUUAUGCAUCUAGUUCAGGGAAUCGGAAUGAGAGAGAGAGAGCAUAUAGGUAUCCAUGUGAGAUUUGAGCCUGCUCGUUUCUUUCUUGUGCGAUAGAUCCCUCUUCCAUGAUGUGUAACAUUGACGUUGUCAUUAGCUAAGAUGAUGGAGGCAUAGGAAUAGCCCACGACCAAAUUGACUGUCAUGGUGUGUCGUACCCCCUAGUCAGCCCCUUUGAGCCGUGUCACUUUCUUUCUUUCGGUUUAUAAUGGAAAAUCACCCUUUCCACGGAGUGGUUUUUGCAUGUUCUCUGCUGUUUCUGCUAAAAAUAAUGUGAGGGUUAGAGGUAGAUCUUAAAAAAGUUGGGCAUGUGUUUGAAAAAUGUGCAGAGGUGGUGGUUCUCUCAAGAAAUGAAAAAAAAAAGAAGAAGAAAAUGGAUAAAGCUAAAGAGAGCCACUACCAAAAAUCUGAAUCAUGCUCAUCAAGUAGUGUUUCUUAGCAGUCUGGCUUAGAAAUACUAACAUUAUUGUGACCUCCUUCGCUCUUGUGUUCUAAAGAAUUUGAGUAAUGCAGAAUGGCAGAAAGAAAGUAAGUGGGUUGAUUGGCUGUGAAUAUGUUGGGUUUGGAACUGGAGAACCUUGUGCUAUGAAUACUUCCACCACCUAAAAGGCCUUUUCCCCAUGUCCAAGACCCUAACCCGUCAUUUGAACCUAUGUCUAAGACCUCCGGAUUAGUUAGUGAUGACACCCAUUUAUGUGAACUCUAACAUUUAGAGGUUGCCGUCAUGGUGAAGAGACUUUGGGGAUUGAGAGAAUAAGUAUGCACAUUUUUCGCAUCAAAUUUUCCUGACCCCACUGGUCGAGAGUGAGCGAUUUAUUUCCUUUUUCUUUACACUCUUUACCACGGUGAGGACCUAGAUGGCUCGGUCUUGAUUCAGAUGUCUUGAAUUUUAUGCAUGAGCUGACUGUCUUGAAUAAGUGGUUGAGUCAAGUCUAGGUUGGUUGGUGAACAGAAGGGAGACUCUUCCUUUACCCGAUUUUGCUGCACUCGAAUGUCCUCUGUGGUGGUCGUCCAGGUUGUUGUUGAAGUUGUUCAUGUGUUGAUGUCUAAAAGCCAGUAUAAUUCUCGUGUUUCGUGCCUAUAUGAUAUGUCCCCAAGGGUUGCAUGAUUGAAAUGUGUUGAGCUAUCCUUGUAUCUGACUUGGUUUGCUUGGGGACAAGCAAACGAUCAAGUGUGGGGGAAUUUGAUAGCAUCGUUUUUGCACAUGUUUGCACCCUUUUUUCCUGACCAUUUUAGCUCGAAUUUGUGGUUGCUUGGCCUAUUUUACGCUAGGUUGUGUUGUUUUUUCGUAUUUCAGGUCCUAGCAUGUAAAUUGAAGCAAAGGCGCAAGUUUCAAGUCAAUCGGAAUUCAUUUGGCAAUUUGGGAGAAGAAAAACGAGCAUGACCUGAGGAAGAAUGGAUUUCUACCUCAUAUUAUGGAAAAAUGAUCAUGGAAUCUUGUCAUGAAAAGAAAGAGGACGAGACUAUGAGCGUCUGGGAUCAAACGACGAGUGAUUCGGAGUCCGUACGAGGGAGAAACGAAGCAUUAAACAGGAGAUGAGGAAGAAAUACGGGCAUCCCCUGCCCAACUACAGGCGUAAUUGCCUCUGCCCUGCCCGUAAAUGCAAUGCCGAGCCAAAUCCCUGAGAAUGCCUACGAAGAUCAAAUUACGGGCAAGAGCAAAAUGAACCACUGUCGUAAUUCCACAAAUACUGGCAGUAAUUGGGUAAUUACGACCGUAAUUCCCCUCAUUAGAGUUAAGUGAAACGCGCGUUUUGGGUGAAAUACGGGCAGACCAUGUUUACGACCAUAAUUCAGCCCGUAAUUCGCCCAGAAUCGGGUUUUUGAGGCAGAUUCGAUCCAAAGGGGAGGGGGUCGACUUUUUGGAGCAAAACAGAGUUUUAGAGAGAGAAAGUGCGAAGAACAAACUCUAGGAGCUAUUUGGAGUGGAUUUCUCACCAUUGAAGCCCAGAUUGCAUCCCCAUGAGUGAAGAUCAUCAUCCUGGAGUAGAUUAUCCUCAUCUUUAUGAGUAUGACUACUCUGAUUACUGUUUUCCUCUCUCUCUCUCUCUCUAUGGAGUAGAACUUUCUCUCACUUGGGUAUGAAGAACCCUAGUUCCAUGUGUUAGGAAUCUUGAUUGUAAUGACUUGGGAUUGUUUACUGUUUGAUUUUAAUCGAUUGAUGCAUGAUUCAUUGAGUCAAUUGAAGUCUGAUCAUCUUUACUUGACUUCUACUGCAACCUGAGAUAGAUAGAAUCUGAUUAGGUUGUUAGAGCCUCAUCAAUCGGUAGUGGUAGAUUGAUUAUACGAGAGUUAAUCGAUUUACUGCUUUGUACUGGAAUCCAAUUCCAGUGGAUUCCAGUAGUGGAGUUAUGUGUUCAUAGCCUCAGCUUUCUACCCCGGUGAAGACUAGUCGUCUGUCGGGUAGUUGGACUGAGAGGUCUUGGUCAGCAUAAGAGAUUCCGCAGACGACUAGUCUUCACAGGCAGACGACUAGUUCUGCGACCAAUAGUUGGACUGAGAGGUCUUGGUCAGCAUAAGACGUACUAUUGGUCGCAGAACUAUUGGACUGAGGUGGAUUAAACACGUACUAUUGUG